UGCCCGCACCUCACCUCAAACACUGCGGCAUCCUGUAAUCUGUCUCUCUCACACAUCUCAGUGACUCUUUUAUGAGCGUUUAAUAACACGCGGAUCUAGACGUCAUUUCUCUUCAUAUUGUAUGACCAUCACUAAGGUGUUCGUGUGGUCAGCACAGACAGGAUGACAUGGCGUCCUCAGUACCGUAGUUCCAAGUACCGCCACGUGUUUGGGAAGCCGGCCACAAAGGAGAACUGCUAUGAUGGUGUACCUAUCACCCGGAGCGUUCACGACAACCAACUCUGCGCAGUCAACCCUCGCUUUAUCGGCGUUAUCACAGAAUGUGCAGGGGGCGGAGCCUUCCUGGUGCUGUCCAUCCAUCAUACUGGCAAGGUCGAUCCUCAUCAUCCAAAGGUUUCGGGUCACAGAGGCAAUGUGCUUGACAUCAAAUGGAAUCCCUUCAAUGACUUCUGCAUUGCAUCCUGUUCAGAGGACGCCACAGUAAAGAUCUGGAACAUUCCUGAACAUGGUGUUAUGAAGAAUAUCACAGUGCCUUGGAAGGAACUGCAGGGUCAUUCACGACGUGUCGGGCUGAUUGAGUGGCAUCCCACUGCCAGCAGCAUCAUUUUCAGCACCGGCUACGACUAUCAGAUUAUGGUGUGGAACCUGGAUGUUCCUGAGCAGGUGGUCAAGAACCCUGUGCGGACCAUCAGUGUGCACUCAGAUGUGGUUCUGUCCAUGUCCUUCAACACUGAUGGCAGCAGACUCGCCACCUCCUGCAAAGACAAGAAGAUCAGAGUCAUUGACCCACGUACUGGAAUCCUUUUACAGGAGACUAACACCAAAACGCACAAAGGCAUUAAAGUGCUAUUUCUGGGAAACCUGAAAAUGCUCCUCUCCACAGGAAAUUCACGCUGGAACCAUCGUCAGAUUGCACUUUGGGAUCAGGAGGACCUCUCUCAGCCGUCCUAUUCAGAGGACUUGGAUGGCUCCUCUGGUGUCCUCUUCCCUUUCUAUGACCCUGACACGCACAUGCUUUACGUAGCUGGAAAAGGUGAUGGUAAUAUCAGAUAUUAUGAAAUCAGCCCAGAGAAGCCAUAUGUGCACUAUCUGACAGAAUACCGCUCUCUUCUUCCACAAAAGGGAAUGGGUGUCAUGCCAAAGCGAGGGCUUGAUGUGUGUUCCUGUGAAGUGUUCAGAUUCUACAAGCUUGUGACAAUCAAAAGUCUCAUAGAACCUCUAUCCAUGAUUGUUCCACGAAGGUCUGAGUCCUAUCAAGAGGACAUUUACCCCAUGACAGCCGGAAACCAGCCUGCCAUGACAGCGGAUGAGUGGAUCAGAGGUCUAGACAAAGGUCCAUUGAUGAUGUCUCUAAGGCCUGGAAGUGAACUGGACACGUAUGUGGAGUUGGGCUUGGGAAAAGGCCCAACUGACGCAGACACACACCAUUCUCGGAGUCGGCCUGGGUUGCUAAUCCAGGAACGUCUGGAUGCCAAAGAAGGGAACGAGCACAAAGAAUCCUACGCCACCUUGCAUCUCCCAUCCACAAAUGAGAACAGCAGUUCUACGACCCAUGUCAGCAAUGGGCAGAGCUCGCCGCCCAAAACAGAGAACGAGCUACGGCAAGUAUUUUAUAAGCAGCAGGAAGAGAUCCGCAAGCUGAGGGAGCUGCUGAACCAGAAGGAUGUGCGGAUAAAACAGCUGGAACUGGAGAUCAAAAAUGUGAGAAACUCACAAAGCAGUCUUUGAGAGAGACUGGCGAACAUCACACCACCAAAAGCCUUGUCUGCCUCACUGUCAUGCACAUAUGAACACAUCUUACGGCCUCACGAGCUGCGUUCCCAUUUAUACGCUGUCUGUCUGCAGUCAUUCCUUUCAUGGAUUUGUGCACAGCAAUACGACAUUCCUGGGAGUUUGUUUUGUACACUUCAGCACUAUGCUAACUUUUUUUUUUUUUUUGAUUAUACUUGUUGAAAAGUUUUUUUUUUAUUAUUAUUAUUAUUAUUAUUGUUUAAAAAUGUUUCUUAAAUGGGCAAUUGUGUGUAUUGUUUUAUAAAUUGGGAAAGUUAUGCGUAUGAUUGAAUAUUUUGUAAUUUGCUAUUUAAAUUCCUGUUUUGCAAAUGGGUGAGUGAUGUGAUGCAUAACCACGUUUGAUAUUACAAAUGCAAAUCCAAGGUUUUAUAAUAACAAGGGGACGGGACAUCAAUUUGGAUCAUUUUAUGUAUUAGAUUGAGUUUGUGAUCAGAUGCUGUUAAAAGAGAAAUAAAUACCAAAUGCCAUUAUGGAAAUGAGCUGGGAUUCAGACAAUAUCUCAGAAAAGUCCAGAUUAGUUUAAAUAAUCCCUUCAAGCAUUUUAACCACCUACCGACAAAAUUAUAUUCUUUAAAUAGCAACACAAUAGCCGUUAAAGGAAUAUUCCAGGUUCAUUACAAGUUAAGCUCAAUCGACAGCAUUUGUGGCCUCCUUUUCUUUAAUAAAGCACAAGUGUGUGUUCCAGUGAGACACUUCCAAUGCAAGUCAAUGGGGUUUCAAAAGUAAAGACACAAACAAUGUGUGUGUUAACAUGAUUUUACUGUCAUUAAAUCACUUAAUAACCACAUCUGUGUGGAGAUAGAGACAAUGUUACAACACUGUUGCCAUGACGACCAUGUAAACCCACAAAAACAAUGAUGUAAACAACUUUACAGCUGAAAUAAUACAAUAAUUAAUGUGAGUGCUUUGAUAAAAUUAUAAGUGUCACAUUUCUGCCUUUAAACCUCCAAAAAUUGCCCCCAUUGACCUCCAUUGUGAGUGUCUCACUGGAACACACAUUUGUGCUUUUAUUAAAGAAGAGGGACGAGUCGAAAUGAAUGUUUGUGGUAAUCAACAUGAUGAUACAAAUGCUGUCGAUUGAACUGAACCUGGAAUAUUCAUUAAAGGGACAGUUCACCUAAAAUUGAAAAUGCUGUCAUCAUUUACUCACCUUCAUGCCAUCCCAGCUGUGUGACUUUCUUCUGCAGAAUACAAAUAUUAAUAUAAUAGUGUACAAAACUGAAGAUUUUUUAUUUAAAAUGUUGCUGUUGCUCAGAUGUAUCUUCAAAUAAUUGACUAAAUGUUGUUCAAACAGCCUUGAUUGUAGCAUCUUCUUUUUGAUUCCUAAAAAGUCGUCUUUACUCAGGCUGAAGUCAAUAAGCUGGAUCAGGAAUCAUUCUUUUAAGGUUCAAUAUGCCGGUCACUAAAUGAACAUGUAGCAAAUUGAUUUGAUCGUCUGAGGUUCCUAAAGUGGACGGAGCAACUCCUUGAACAGAGGACGGAUAUAGGGAAAGCAGAAGAUGAGUGUCCUGACAUGCUGAUUGCUAUUUUCAAAAAUAGUGGUGAAAUGCAUUAUUUUUUUUUUUAGAAACUAAUGAAUAUCUGAAAGUAACAUUAUGAAUGAUAUCUUGAUGGUCUCUAAAAGAAAAAAAUGGUGAAACUUGCAAAGCAUCCAUUUUGCUAGCCCAUUAAAGGGGCAGUUCACACAAAAAUGCAAAUUCUCUCAUCAUUUACUCACCCUCAUGUCAUCCCAGAUGUUUGUGACUUACUUUCUUCUGCAGAACACAAAUGAAGAUUUUUAGAAGAAUAUUUCAACUCUGUAGGUUCAUACAAUGCAAGUGAAUGGUGACCGGAACUUUG